AUGCCCGGCAAGGUCAAGGCGUACGAGCUCCAGUCCAAGUCCAAGAACGACUUGGCCAAGCAGCUGAUCGAGCUCAAGACUGAGCUCGGUCAGCUCCGGGUACAGAAGAUUGCUGGUGGCUCUGCCGCGAAGCUCACCAAGAUCAACACCGUCCGCAAGUCGAUUGCGCGUGUGUUGACCGUCACGAACCAAAAGCAGAGGCAGAACCUCCGCGAGUUCUACAAGAACAAGAAGUACCUCCCGCUUGACCUCCGCCCGAAGAAGACUCGCGCAAUUCGGAGACGCUUGACGAAGCAUGAGGCGUCGUUGAAGACGCUCAAGCAGCGUAAGAAGGAGAUUCACUUCCCUAUCCGGAAGUACGCCGUGAAGGCAUGA